ACUAAUUAUCUUCUGGUUGGGGCAGUCGCGCUCCUCUCGCACAGGUGCUCACCAUACACGCAGCUAUAGUUUCACUCAGGUGGUCUUCCGCUUCGGACGAACAACAGUUGCUUCUCUGAACACGGAUUAUCCGGGUUGUUUCAUCCCAAAGCCGAUCAUCACCUUUUGUUGCAAAAAAGAGUGUUUGUUCCUGGUCAACUUCAACUACCAACCAGCUCAAUUUUAAAACCUGGACAAUUGGUUGACACUGGAAAUCGCUUCUUUUUGAAACUAUGGCGAAAACUGAUGUGCAUCGCAUCAUCUUCUUAUCGGCAAUACUCUGCAUACUCGGAGUUUCUGGAAAAUCCGUGGAUCUUCCUCUUUGGAAGACUCAGACCAACGAGGAGAUGCAAGAACUUUCCAAGAGCGACGACCCACUUUUCGACCCACGAAGCGACGUACAAGAUUUCGAUGGCUUCGUUGGUGGUGAGGAUGUGGACGAGGAUGGAAUAGAGGAUCCGGAUGAUGAUGAUGAUGAUGCGUACGGGAUGGUGCGCUACGACAAGAGGGGUUUCUCCAUACUGACCCGUUGGAAGCCCUUCAACCGGAUCGGGAAGCAGAGGACUUCUAUCAGGGAUAUAAGUCGCAUCCCUUUCACCGCCUACGAUGUCGUCAGCGCGGAGACGCGGGCCUUCUCGAAGCCCUCGGGAGAGCCUCUGCGGUGGGGCUGAGACUUCAUACUGACUCGACCAAAAUAAGCAGGCAUCUCGAUCACUACUACUGUGCCCUCUGUCCCCCUUUUUCGAUAUGUAGCUUCCUUGAUCCCCCACAUUUAAAACCUGUUCCAUGAUCGACCUGUCGUUUACUAUAUUAAUACUCUAAAUAUACUCUAAUAUUAAUACCUACGUGUAACUACUUUGAAAUUGUAUAAGACUGGUCACAAGAUUACUCUUUUGCGAAUCUUCGAUCUCGAAUAAAGGUUAAAAUUACA